UCUUUAGUGUGGAUUACAAUGAUGAGCUGGAUCUCCUGGUCAGCGGAUCAGCGGACAACACUGUGAAGAUCUGGGCCUUAUCUUCAGGAACAUGUCUGAAUACCCUCACCGGACACACCGAGUGGGUGACAAAGGUGGUGUUACAGAAGUGUCAGGUGACAUCGGUCCUGCACAGUCCUGGGGAUUAUAUCCUACUGAGCGCUGACAAGUAUGAGAUUAAGAUUUGGCCCAUUGGCAGAGAGAUAAAUUGUAAGUGUCUGAAGACGCUGUACGUGUCAGAUGAUCGCAGCAUCACUCUCCAGCCGCGGCUGCACUUUGACGGCAGAUACAUCGUCUGCAGCUCCGCCUUGGGUCUGUACCAGUGGGAUUUUGCCAGCUAUGACAUCCUGCGAAUCAUCAAGACUCCGGAUUCCACAAACCUUUCUCUGCUCAGUUUUGGAGACAUUUUUGCCCUCCUUUUUGACAACCAUCACCUGUACAUCAUGGACUUAAGGACUGAGAAGGUGAUCAGCCGCUGGCCGCUUCCAGAGUACAGGAAGUCCAAGAGGGGCUCCAGCUUUUUGGCUGGAGAGGUGGCAUGGCUGGAUGGCCUGGACGGUAGCAAUGAUGUGGGGUUGGUGUUCGCCACCAGCAUGCCCGACCACAGUAUUCAUUUGGUGUUGUGGAAGGAGAACGGCUGAGGGCGGAAGGCUCCGGCACCACAUACUUUUAACAGGACGUUGAGACUAACGAAUGAGCAACCACUGUCACAGCGAAAUGUGCAUGAACCAAAGUUCCCAUCAUGCAGUGCACAAUCAUUAUCUUCUUUCACUUCCUUUGUGGGGAGUUCUCGGAUGCUGCAUGAUAGUGGUCGCCUUUAGAUAUUUCCAUUCUUCCCAGGAAGCCAACAUUGUCCCUUCUCACCAGCCACAUUCCUGGUUUUACAGAAUAUGAUAAAGGGUUGGCCACCA